AAAAAAGAAAUCAAAGAACUAAUAAAGUAACCAUACCUACAGAUAUGCAACCAUUCAAGAUGAAUGCAGAAAAUGCAUUAGACGUUGAUAGGUACGUUUAAGUACCUAUGUAAGAAACUUUGUUAUUUAAGAAUAUUAAUUAUAAUAUGUCUAGGAAUAUCAAAUCUCAAGUUGAAGAUUUGGAAAUUCAAGUAUUGAAUUUGAAUAAAAAGAUGGAUCUGAAUUUAGAUUCAAAAUCUGUUUCGAAUUUACCUACACAAUCAAUUCCAAGUGUAACACUAUUAGAAACUGAAAAUUAUUUCCUUAAGAAAGAAAAUGAAGAAUUGAAAAGUAAACUGUAUAAGCUAUCUGUUGCAUUUUCUUAUGUGACUAUAUGCAACAGUGAUGAAUUGGUUAAUGUUUAUACUGGUUUACCAAAUUCAAAAGUUUUUAAUUCUCUUUUUGAGUUGUUAAAAGAU